AUGAACGUCGCAUACAAUACGGUGCUGCGGCAGAGCAAGGCCAUCCGCAGUGACCUCUCCAACAUCCAGGCCAAGAAUCCACCCACGCCCGCCGAGAUUGGCAGCGUCUCAGUGUCCCUGACAUCAUUCGCAAAGUCGCUCGACGAAUACCACAACCUCGCGCGCCAGGAAAUCGUCCCGAAGAAGCAAGAGGAGGCGCUUGAGCGGGUCAAGAAAUUCCGCGAGGAGCUCUCCCACUUCCGCGGCGACCUCGAUGGGCUGAAGAAGGCGCGAGAGGACGCGCAGCACAACCACAACCGAUCAGAGCUGCUGGGGAGAAGACCGUACAAUGCCACGCCAGAAAACCCAUAUGCCAAUGCUCCCGCAACGGCGACGCAGUCCACCUUUCAGCCUCGGCACCACAGCUCAAACAGCACUUCGAUGACGACUGGCGCUGGCGACGAGUUCCGCGAGGCGCAUGCUUUCCGAGAACAAAACUUUUUCAGUAAUACCAAUCACGCCUUGGACGAUUUCAUCACCAGAGGACAGGCUGUGCUGGGGGACUUGGGCCAGCAGCGAGAAACGCUGAAGAACACGCAGAAGCGGCUGUACGGCGUGGCCAAUACCCUGGGCAUUAGCGGCGAUACAAUUCGCAUGGUCGAGCGCCGUGCCCGAGAGGACAAGUGGAUAUUCAUCGCAGGAGUGAUUGUAUUUUUCUUUUUCUGCUGGCUAGUUCUUCACUAUUUACGGUAA